AUGAGCCGCUCCUCCCCUCCCCUCCGUUAUCUUCACAUCGCGGACGUUAACGCGACAGAGGAGGAAUUUUCUACUCCAUUCCUACUCUCGAACAGCUCCACAUCUAUCAUCUCUGGAUGGGAGAAGUUUUUGAAGCUCCUUGCUUCUACAGCCAUCGUUUCGCGUGACAGUGGGGAUGUCACCAAAUUCCUACCGAAACUCAAAGAACUGACGGCAUGGUUUGAAGAAUUGUACAGCUGGCGCACAUUGGCAACAAUAUUCCUGCCAGGGCCUGUUCCAAACGGUCACUGGCGCAGACUCCUGAAAACAGUGCAGAUUCACUGUAUGUGCACAGAUGAUGACGAAUACAUCGACGAGGAGGGUGUUUCACAGUUGAUGGCUGUCCGUGAAGCUGGAAUCUCGCUCAAAGUCACGAAUGAAGAUACCGGCAGAGACUUCAUCAAUGAGUCUCGGGAAUAUCUUGAAAGCCAGAAGGCAAACGAGACGGAAUACACUGAAGACGAAGACAUGGAAGACUCGGACGGCUCAGAAGACGAGUGA